AUGGCAUGCGUGCUCCUCUUCACUCGACUUCUCCCCUUCUCGCACCGCCUCACAAGAACAUCUGUGUGCUUGUUGUCGCUUUUUCUGUCAUAUUUGUGUUACUGUGCCCUGUUCCCAGCCGACACUAUCAUGCACACGUCAGGUGAUCCAACGCCCAGCUGCCAGCGCGUCCUGAACCAUGGAGCCAAAAGACGCAUCCAGAAGUCUCUGUCCUGCGUUCUGCAGCCGAGCGGCGCGGAUGCAUCCCGGCUGAAAAGCGACCAAAGACCCUUCAUAAACCUGCACAACGACACGCCCAGCCCUCCAAUGAGUAACCUGAAGUUUGGGAAUAAAAAGUUACCCAAUGCGAUCAUAGUUGGAGUGAAAAAAGGAGGCACGAGAGCUGUUUUAGAGUUUAUAAGGAUUCAUCCGGACGUGCGCGCAGCUGGCACCGAGACGCACUUCUUCGAUAGGAACUAUGACAGGGGCCUGGAGUGGUACAGAAGUUUAAUGCCAAGGACACUGGAAAGCCAAAUCACAAUGGAGAAGACACCAAGUUACUUUGUGACAAAAGAGACGCCCCAUCGGAUCUCCACCAUGUCUCGAGAUACAAAACUCAUUGUGGUGGUGCGGGACCCCGUCACUCGAGCAAUCUCAGACUACACUCAAACUUUAUCCAAAACUCCAGACUUGCCCAGCUUCCAGGAUCUGGCCUUCAGAAACCAGAGUCUUGGCAUUGUGGACACGUCUUGGAACGCCAUCAGGAUCGGCUUGUACGUUCUGCAUCUUGAGAACUGGCUCCGCUACUUCCCUUUGGCUCAGAUCCACUUUGUCAGCGGAGAGCGUCUUAUCACAGACCCAGCGGGGGAGUUGGCUCGGGUGCAAGACUUCCUCGGGUUAAAGCGAAUUGUCACAGACAAACACUUCUACUUCAACCGCACCAAGGGCUUCCCUUGCCUUAAGAAGCCGGAGAGCAGCGGCUCACCACGCUGCCUGGGCAAGUCAAAGGGCAGAACUCAUGUACAGAUAGACAGAGACGCUAUAGAGCAGCUGAGAGACUUUUACAGACCUUACAAUGACAAGUUUUAUGAAAUGGUGGGUCAUGAUUUCAAGUGGGAAUAG